AUGGCGCUGAAGAGCAUCAACAUCAGCGGCAACUUCGAUUGGUGCCCCUUCAAAGAGCACAAGAACUACCUCGCCUGUUUCACCUCGCACAACCUGCUCUACUCAAACAGCAAUAACCUGAAUAACUACGUGUACCUGUUGGACAUCAACCUGAACAGUGAAGGUAGAAAUUUAGAAAUAGUGAGUAAGCUAAAUUUUGAGGAAGCAUUGAAAAGUGAGAAAAGCGGAAAGAAAAAAGGUACCAAUGAAUACGUGACUAGCUUCGAAUGGAUAAACAGUAGCAACUUUGUCGAGUCGGAAGGUGAAGAUGAGUUAAGGAAGGGAAUCAUAGUGGGGGGAUUAACGAAUGGAGAUAUAAUUCUCCUAAAUGCACAGAAUUUAUUUGUAGAAAAACCAACCCAUGAGCAAUUUGUACUGAGUAAGGCAAAUGUACAUGAAGGGUCCAUAAACUGCUUGGAGUGUAAUAAACACAAAAAUAAUUUAAUAGCAACAGGAGGAAAUGAUGGACAGCUGUUUAUUACAGAUAUUGAAAAUAUUUUUUCUCCAACUUCUUAUGAUCCUUAUUUGGACAAGAAUAACUUACAAAAAAUUACUUGCCUGAAUUGGAAUAAAAAAGUAUCACAUAUUUUGGCUACCUCCUCAAACAAUGGCAACACUGUUAUUUGGGAUUUGAAAAUAAAAAAAGCAGCUGUCAGUUUUAGGGAUCCACAUAGUAGAACGAAGACUUCAUCUCUUGCAUGGCUAGCUAAUCAACCAACACAAAUUCUAGUUGCCUAUGACGAUGAAAAGAGUCCUUGCUUACAACUAUGGGAUUUAAGAAAUGCAAACUAUCCCAUAAAGGAAAUCAUCGGACAUUCCAAAGGGAUAAAUAAUAUCACCUUUAGCAGCAUCGACUCAAAUUUGUUGAUUUCGUCGGGAAAGGAUACAACCAAGUGUUGGUACCUGAGCAAUAACAACUUCGACGUUUAUAACGAGGUCAACAAUUCUGCUAAUAAUAUAUACUCCAAAUGGUCUCCUUUCAUCCCGGAUAUGUUUGCAUCCUCCACGAAUGUAGAUACUAUUCAGGUUAAUUCUAUUAACAAUGGAUUGAAGAUGACUAGUAAGUAUGUCCCCAAUUUUUACAGGAAGGAUGCGGGGAUUACUUUUGGCUUUGGAGGGAAGAUCUGCUGCUUUGACAACACCGCGGGGGCGGAGUCCACCAAGCAGGGCCAGUCGGAGGCCACCGAUGUCGGCGCGGUUGGCGGCACUGGCGGAACUGGCAGCGUUGGCUCGGUUGGCGGCGCCGAAAGCAGGUUCCCCAUCAAGUGCCACAUCUACUCCACCGAAAUGGAGCUCAUUUCCGAGGCGGACAAAUUCGAGAAGUACAUCGCCAGCGGCAACUACUUCGAGUUUUGUGAGAGUAAGAUAGCUACGACGGAGGAUGAACAUGAGAAACUCACAUGGAGAAUUUUGCAGCUCCUGUGCACGUCACAGAAGGAAGGAAUUGUUAAACAUCUAGGUUAUGACAUGAACGAAAUUGUACAAAAAAUUGAAGACACCACGGGAAAGCAACCAGGGUUUAUCUUUAACAAAUUGGCUGACGAGGAGAAGGAAAAAAUGUUAGCGAAUAACGCUUCUUCCAAUCUGAUGGGUUCAGAAAGCAUGAUGGAUCCUUCCAUGGCGGGAUUAAUGACGACAGGGGGAGUAAACUAUGAGCAUAUGAAUGGUGGAUUUAUGGCCGGUGGUGGUGCGGGGGGCGUCGACCCGAACACGAUGCCCACCGGGGCUGCCUCUGCUGGUGCUGCUUCCGCUUCUGCUGGUGGGGGUGCCUCCCCUAUGGUGAUAGACAACGCGCAGGGCUUCAACUCAUCGUUCGAUGUGGACCCAGAAAAAUUUUUUAGAGAGCUCGGCGAGAAGAAAGAGAAUGAAGAUAUCAAAGAGGGGGAGAAACAACAGAAGGGAGAUAAAGGGACGGAGGAAAAGCAACAGAAGGGAGAUAAAGGGGUGGAGGAAAAGCAACAGAAGGGAGAUAAAGGGGUGGAGGAAAAACAACAGAAGGGGAAGGACAAGGGAAAGGAUAAAGGAAAGGAUAAAGGAAAGAAAAAAGGAAAGGGUGGAGGAAGUGGAGGGUUAACAGGAGGAGUAGGAGACGAAGAGUACGACGAUGAGGAUGACGAAGAUGGACUUGGUGGAAACAGCGGACGUGGAUCAGGAGGUGCCAAAGAUAAAAAUCAAAUAAAUGAUAAAACAAAUUGGAACUCGGGUAUAGAGUCCAUCAUUAAAGAGUGUGUCCUGGUAGGAAACAUCGAAACGGCAGUAGAGUUAUGUGUACAUAAGAACCGAAUGGCAGAUGCGUUAUUCCUAUCGUCCUUUGGAGGUGAACAGCUUUGGCACAAAACCAAAACGUUGUACAUUAAGAAACAGAACAGUACCUUUAUGAGAAGCUUGAAUUAUAUUUUGGAUGACCAGCUGGAGCUCCUAGUUCAACAGAUCGACCUCUCCUCCUGGGGAGAAGCUCUCUCCAUUCUAUGCACGUAUGCAUUAAAUAAGCCCAACUUUAAUAACCUCUGUGAAACACUAGCCAAAAGGUUGCAAAAUGAAAAAUUUGACAUCAGGGCAGCGUCCAUUUGCUACCUAUGUGCUUCAAACUUUGACCAGACGGUGCAAAUCUGGAAUGACAUGCCUUCGACUCAGAACUCGUUACUUAAUGUACUGCAGGAUAUGGUGGAAAAAAUGACGGUCCUAAAAAUGGCUAUAAAACAUGACAUGUUUAAUGCUAUUAUGAAUAGGAAAAUCAAUCAGUAUGCAGAGCUGUUGGCUAAUUCGGGUCGAUUGAAAGCUGCCAUGACGUUUUUGUGUCUAACUCAGGAAGACCAAACUGAGGAGAGCCUAAUUUUGAGGGAUCGAAUUUUCAACAGUGGGCAGAUAUCAGGGCAGAUAUCAGGACAGAUGCAAAUGCCCAUGCAGUCCGCACCUCCGCACUCCUCUCACAUGGGGGGUUACUCUUCCAUGCCUCCCAGCAAAUUCAACACUCAAGUUAUCAAUGCCCCUCCACCCCAACGCGCGUCCUUCGCAAGCACAUCUGCUAAGAAUUUCCCCCUGGGCAACGUCAAUCCAGUGAAGCCUCCAUCCAUCAGCACCAUGUCUGCAUCUGCAUCUGCAUCCGCGUCAUACAUCAUGCCCCCCUCAGGACCACCACCCCCCUCGAGCACAUCUCCCCCGUCCUACGCUUCCGUGUCGAACCUUUCAAAUUUUAACGCACCAAUGGGUAUCAAAUCGGAGCAGGAUGAUCAGAAGCAGACUACACCAACCGGAGUUCCAGUAGGAGGACCCAUGUUUUCCUCUCAGUCCUAUGCCAACCAAAGACGAAUUCAACCCGGUGGAAAUGCACUGCCCCCCCCUGCUGCUCCCACACCUUCACAAGCAAACCAAAUAAACAACCGUAGUUUCCCCUCUAUGCAAAAUAUUGCACCUGGCCCUCCUGUAAAUAGAAACCUGUCCAGCUCGUCCAAUCCGAAUAGUAUGUCGUUCCAGCAGGAUAACUCGGGCCAGCAGUUUCUCAAGAGGGAGUGCAUGGAUCAGCAGGCUCCUUACGGAGGGGCAGUGAGCCCCCCCGGCAUGCAGCCGAAUAGUUUUGGCGCCUCUUUCCAGGACAGCACGAACAAGGUCGGGCUGGGCGGCCAGUCGGGCGGCCCCCCCUCAUCAGGUCUCAGCACGACAUCCCCAAUCGCGGGCGCCCUGACUGUCACCCCCGGAAUGCCGGUCCCAUGGCCAAUCCCCACGACGACCCAGCAGCUCGGAUCCACGACCACCUCCACGGCGAACGAAAAUAAAAAGAUACAAACCGCCACGAAGGAACAAAAUGGAGUGUUCAUGGGAAGAAGCAACGUAGACAAUGUUAAGAAAACCAUAAGUAGUUUUCUCAAUGGGUACGUCUCACAGGAGGCAAUGAAGAAGAAGGCAGAAGACGUCUCAAUCAAGGUGCACGAGCUGUUCGAUAAGCUGGACGCUGGGUCCUUUAAUGAGCACAUAAAUGACAGCAUCGUGAAUAUGGUUAAUGCACUUAAUGCGAAUGACUUCAGGGCAGCCAACAAGGUCAUAGUUGACCUGAGUAGGAACUUAUGGGAUGGAAGCAACAAGUCAUGGUAUGAGGGUCACCACGCGUGGCAGAGAUUAUGGGCCUCAAGUGCAUCAUACCAAAAUGCUGACGUAACCCGGU